CGGAUCGUUGUCGCGACCUUUUGGGCCGCUGUUUUUGUUGUGUUCCUGGAGUUGGCAAUGGGACAAGGUAACCUGACUGCCGCGGCCACGGCAGGGCUGGGGGCCACAACUCCGCAGCCCAGCCAGGGGAACGUGUCCGCCAUGUCUACGGCAGGCCUGAUCUCCAAUGUGUCCACAAAGGCAACCACCAAAUCUCCAACAACGACCGGUUACGGUAACGCUACAGCGCCCGUCACCCUCCUCCCGGACGGAGUGUCCAUCCCCAUCAUGGUGGUGGUUCUGCUGUUCCUGGUCUUCUGCUUCGUGGGGGGUACCGUGGCGUGGUGGCUUGCCAGGAGGAGGUACUACCGACAGCUCUCACAGAAACCUGAUGUCAAUCACGACAACAAUAGGUUCCCCGGCACGCCGACCGCUAGCAUCGAGGAGCCGCAGGAGGAAGAAAUCGCCCGAGCUCUCAACGAGGGGACCGCGCUCUUCACCGACAGGGGAGCUCACUCGUAGUUUCACGAACACAGCUUUUUAAAUAUUUGCUUUGGGACAUACGUGGACAAUGUGGCACUGCACUGAAUUUAGUA